GCCAACCAUGACCUGGGGCAAUUGGCACAAUAAUGAACGCCAGACCAAGCAGCGCCCAUACGUGGUGUGCGAGAGUUGCGGCGCGUGGCAGUUCACGUCCAAAGCCACGAAGCGGCUCUGGUGCAAGUGCGGGCAGCCCGAUCCCCUGCACACGCAUCGAGGCAGCGACCGCGAGAACCGCGGCGGUGUUAUCACAGGAGACGGGACGGGAGGUGCAGCGGCUCCCGACCCAGACAUGCGAUCCAUGCUCGACGCGAUCCUCAGCGUGCUUUCCGCGGAGCAGAAGGCCCAGCUCGGAGGCGCGGUGGACUCAGCGGCGGCGCUCGUGGCGGUCAAGCAACCAGCCCCGGCCGCUGCCGCCAUCACCGCGCUCCAGCUGCUACGGCAGCACGAGAAGAGCGACCAGGAGCUCGGGACGGAGUUCUGCCGGCUACAGCAGCUAGCACGGCUGAUAGUGACAAUGGGAGUGGCGAUGAUGGGCACCAGCCAGGACAUCCCGACCAGCCACGAGGCCUGCAGCCUCAACGCCCUCCAGUGCCAGAGAUACCCCAAGGAACUCUACAUCGAAGCCCCCCAGAAGAUCCCCGAGGCGCCGAAGGCGCAUCAUCCUGUUUCAGAGGCCCACCAGGAUCUUAACCUCAGCCGCAAGCUCGCAGUUCCCUCGCAGGCCCUGGAAUGGCGGUGCCCAGUGCCGCGCGACAGCCAGGCCGAAAAGCAGCGAUUGACGUGGAAGGCACUUCGCGCAGCUUCCAUCUGCGAGUGCCACGACGCGCUGGAGCGGCGAGUUCAGGACUUCAGUCGGUUUCCAGAGGCAGGCCUAGCGCAGCUCACCGCCAUCCUUAACAGCAUCGAGAGGCAGCAGGCGCUGUCCAUCCAGUGCGUAGGGAACUGUGUCGCGCUCAAGCCCGACACGGUGGGCUCGGACAGACCGAUCACGCUCGCUGCCUCGCUCUACCGCUUGAUCAUUCGGCUUCGGCAGGCGUCGGGCCCGGCGGUUCGGUCGCGCCGCCUGAACGGCCGCUUCCACCUCGUCAACAGAAGAGGCCCCCCCGAGCCGGCCUGGCACAAGAGGAAGCGGGCAGAGCGGGGGCGAGCUAGGCUGCUCCUCAGCGUGCUCCAGGCCAAGCGCCUCCUCGAGUCGCACCACAGCGCGAUGGGGGGAGGCGCGUGGACAUGCAGACAGUGCGGGGCCAGGAAUCCGACCUCUUUGUGGACUUGCUCCUGCGGCAACGUGUGGGCCCCUCGCCCUGACCCCGCCAGGGGCCAGAAGAAGUCCGCCAGCAUCAGGGAACUGAUCGCGCAGAUUCCAGUUGCAGCACCUGAUGAAGCGAUUGCCAACAUCACGGUGUGGGAACCUCCGCCGCCAGAGGCGGGUGAACUGAAUAUCUACAAGUCGAAGGCCCAGUCUAAGCUCCAGAAGUUCGCAAACCUCCUCGUCGCGGUCCGUGACGCAGGGACGGGGGACUUUGCCCUGGAGUUCGACAUCGGCGUGCUCAAGUACAUGAUGAGCGCCAGCAAGGGCUCGGAGAAGCAGCUGCAUGAGCUGAAGGCCCAGCUCAUCAGCGCCAAGGAGAGGCUCGGCAAGAUCCGAACCAAGGUCGAGGAGCUACUGGGCGAGGAGGCGACGCUCUGCCUGAUGGUGCAGAAGCUGCAGACCUCCAUCCAGCAGCUCCGUGAAGCGGAGGACGCGCCAGAUCAUGAUGCGGACUGGCUGAUGGCCCCGCCAGGAGGAAGCGAGCGCGGCCUCAGGGCCGCCAGCGGCGCCCAGAGACCAUGGGUGCAAGCGGCGGCCGAGAGGGCGACAGCGCAGGCAGAGGCAAAGGCCCAGUCAGCCAAGGCCGCGGCGGAGGCGAUCGCGAACAGAGUGCCGCCGCCGCCGCCGCCAAUGCCUAACCAGCCACCGCUGCAGAAGGUUCAGUACCGGCCUAAGGGCCCGCGGGGUACGGGAGAUGACGGCCCAACGGCAGCGGCCAUCACUGCGAUGACGGAGCAGAUGAAGGCCGUGCAGGCCCAGCAGCAGGCCAUCCAGGAGCACCUCUCGAGGAUGCAGACGGGCCAGAACUUCCACGCCUUCGCCCUGGCCAGGGUCUUGGGAGUCGGCAUCGGCGCAAAGGCAGGAGAUGUGCUCAUGGGCUCCGCGCCAGCCAUGGGGCCGAGGGCGCCUCCCCAGAGCAGCGCGAACAUGGCGAAGAUCGCCCAGGACCCGUACGGAGGCUCGGCACCAUCGCGCUCGGCAGAGGGCCCUGUGGCAAAGACGCCGCCACCGAAGAGGCAGUCGGCAUCGCCGACGCCAGCCAGAGCCCCCAACCUCGGCGCGGCAGCCGAGACGAGGGUCCAGGCCGAGGAGAAAGCGGCCCCAGACACCCCGAAGGCAAAGGGCGUUUCCAGAGUGACGGCGGAGCUGCAGAGGGUGGAGCCCAAGGAGACUGUCGACUCCCAACCCUCGCAGACGUCGGCCCCCAAAUCCAGCCAGUUCAGCAUCAGCUUGAGGUUCGCCACUUUCAACGUCGAGACGGGCAGGGAUGCGGGGGCCACGGCUGCAGGACGCGCCAAAACAUCGGGCGAGGCUAUCAGGUUGCAGUUCGCACAGCGGAAGCAGUGGUGGCGGGACCUCAUUGGGAUCUGCCGCAAGUGGAAAGUUCAGUUGGCUUUCCUGGACGCGAAUGCCAGACUCGGAAGCAUCGUGUCGGACGCAGUGGGAAGGGAGGGAUUCAGGCAGGACGAGGACGAGUCGGGAGGGUUGUUUCACGACGUGCUCCUGGAGACGGGGAUGGCCGCCGCCAACGCACUCGCCCCCUCCCUUAACCAGGUUCGAUAUGACAUCGAUUCCUUCUGCACUGGCAAAGAUCAUAACCCUGUCUUUUUGCGCUUCGAGUCCCAGGGCUCCACCAAGGCGGCGCAGGGGCAGCUUGGUUUCGACGUGUUGGGCACCCAGGACCCUGAUAAGGCAGCAGCUUUCAGGAUGCACUUGGCAGCUUUCCCCACGGUGCCCCACCAGGUUGACAUGAAUCAGCAAUUGCACGACAUUAUCCAAUACAUGUACGUGGGUGCCCAAACUUGCUUCCCUAAACCUGCACGGGCCCCGAUCAAGCCGUACGUUUCUGAGGAUCUUCUUGGGGUAAUUGUUUUCAGGAGGCAGGUGCGGCAGGCCGGUUGUCUCUGGGGCAAGCAGGACUCUUGCGGUGUUAGGAGGCUGGUCGCCGCGUCGCUUGAGGCGAGGGGCCCCCGGAACAUCGCAGAUCUCGAGUUGGACUUCUUGGUUUCGGAGUUGUUUCAGGCCUUCGUCUCACGGGGCACUCAGAGGAUGACGGUGAGCGAGCUCACCGAGCACAUGAUUGGUUUCUUGGUCAAGUCGAAGCCGGCCUUGAGAAGGGCCUUGAAGCACUCUCGCAAUAGGCUGCUAGACGACCUCGCGCAGCAGAUGUGCAGCGCCAGGUCUUCCCAUGAGAGUCGCGUGGAAUGGAAGGUGUUGUGCCAGCUGCAAAGAUUCGGGGGGAAGCGCUCCAGGUUCCAGGUCGAGGGGUUGAGAAUCCGCCGUGGUCCUCAGGGCGAAGUUCUGGCCACUUCUGGAGAUCUCCCGGAGGCCCUCACGGACUACUUUGCUGUAGUUGAGAACGGGCAGACACUCAGCUGGGAGGAACUAGUGGACCGCUACAGGGCCCUCGCCGAGCGAGGAAACGUCUACCCCAGGGAGUUGGACAUGGUCACCCCCUUUCGCAGACUCAAGUAUGACAUCAUGAGGGCAGCCAAAAGGAGAGGAGCUGGAUCAGAUAGGCUCAGCAACGGUCUCUUCCGGGUCGCUCCACACGAGUGCACUCAGAUCUUGUUGCCGCGUUUCGUGAAGAUAGAUAUGACGUCCAGGGAGCCCCUGCUGUUCAAAGGCACGAGGCCAGGCAUGCCACUAGCGGACCUCCUGUUCAUCAUAGCCUUCGACCCUAUCAUAGUUGCGGUCAAUAAUAGACUAGGCGCUCUGGGAUAUCUCCAGAAGACCAGGGAUGUGGACCCGUCCCAGAGAAUCUUCAGAAGUCGUGAGCUCGAGCAUGCAGAAGAGGAUGUAUGGGACCUCGCCUUCAUGGAUGACCUCGUCAAUGGCAUCGAGCUGUUAGACGCUAGGUUCUGGAAGGAGGCUGCCAUGUCGCUGGUUACGGUUAUGUAUGAAGAAACCAAGUCUAGGGGGCUCACCAUGAACUGGAAGGCGGGCAAGACGGAGCUCAUGGCCUACUUCAGCGGCACAGGUUCCAGGAAGGCCCGAGGGGAGUGUGCGGCCCUGGCUGCCGCAGGUCUCCUCGUUCCUUCCUUCGGUGUCUCCCUGUGCCUCACUAGGUGCCUGGCGGACCUUAUGGCCGUUCUCCCCCCGUCGAGCCCCGAACACGUGAUGCAGGCCAGGGCUGAGGGCGCGGGGCUAGCUCGCACGCUCCGUGGGAAAGGCCACUAUGCGGAGUCAGCUCAGCUGCCGCCUGUCCUCACGGUAGGUGACAUCCAGGACGCAGCGGAGAGUUCCAGUGCCAUGGCGGGGCUGCAU